UUGUCGCUCGUAUUUUAUUCGGCUUGUAGCCAUGGCUCGGUUCGCUGCCUUACUGCUUUUACCUGUUCUCAUUGAAUCGGUAUUUUCUAUUUCUUUCUUUCUACCUGUAAAUUCAAGAAAAUGUCUACGGGAAGAGAUUCACAAAGACGUGCUCGUCACGGGGGAGUAUGAUAUCAACGACGAGUCCAACACUAAAAUCAACCUGAAGAUCACAGACUCAUCGGGACACAUCCUCUACUUGAAGGAAGAUGCAACGAAAGGGAAGUUUGCCUUCACAACAGAAGAUUAUGACAUGUUUGAAGUGUGCUUUGAGAGCAAGUCACCAAUGGGAACUGGGAGAGUCCCCGACCAGCUGGUUAAUCUGGACAUGAAGCACGGCGUAGAGGCCAAGAACUACGAGGAGAUCGCCAAGGUGGAAAAGCUGAAGCCCCUGGAGGUGGAGCUAAGGCGGCUGGAGGACCUAUCAGAGUCCAUCGUCAAUGACUUUGCCUACAUGAAGAGGAGGGAGGAGGAGAUGAGGGAUACCAACGAGUCCACCAACACACGUGUCCUGUACUUCAGCAUCUUCUCUAUGUGCUGUCUGAUCGGCUUGGCCACCUGGCAGGUCUUCUACCUGCGACGUUUCUUCAAGGCAAAGAAGCUCAUCGAGUAGAGGCAUCACCACUCUGCCCGGGGAGAGCAGCCAAAUGCUUACCCGAUCAAUCUCCACCAUCUUCGGACUAACGUCAUCAAAACUAGCGCUGUGACUGGAGGAGAUGGAGACCCGCGUACUGUCGAGAGACAAAAAAGAAGGAAUAAAUCCAAACCCUGAGGCAAAAUGGGAAUAAUUGUAGUCCUUUAUUGGACAGUGUGCCAGUCUCGAUCUCUUCCAGUGUUCUUAUUUUGACCCUUACACACCUGGAACCACCACUAUUCAGUAGUAAGGACAGCCUCCUAGAAUUCAUAUUUGUGUUUUUUAAAUGCCACCAUAUUUCCUCGAGUGCUCUACAUGGUUUAUUUUUUGCUUACCAGAGCCCCCAUAGGGCUCCUGGUUUCCCCCCCAUAGGGCUCCUGGUUUCCCCCCCAUAGGGCUCCUGGUUCCCCCCCCCCAUAGGGCUCCUGGUUCCCCCCCCCCCAUAGGGCUCCUGGUUCCCCCCCCCCAUAGGGCUCCUGGUUCCCCCCCCCUAUAGGGCUCCUGGUUCCCCCCCCCUAUAGGGCUCCUGGUUCCCCCCCCAUAGGGCUCCUGGUUCCCCCCCCCCCCCCCCCCAUAGGGCUCCAGGUUCCCCCCCCAUAGGGCUCCUGGUCCCCCCCCCCAUAGGGCUCCUGGUCCCCCCCCCCAUAGGGCUCCUGGUUUCCCCCCCAUAGGGCUCCUGGUUUCCCCCCCCAUAGGGCUCCUGGUUUCCCCCCCCAUAGGGCUCCUGGUUUCCCCCCCCAUAGGGCUCCUGGUUUCCCCCCCCAUAGGGCUCCUGGUUUCCCCCCCCAUAGGGCUCCUGGUUUCCCCCCCCAUAGGGCUCCUGGUUUCCCCCCCCAUAGGGCUCCUGGUUUCCCCCCCCAUAGGGCUCCUGGUUUCCCCCCCCAUAGGGCUCCAGGUUCCCCCCCCAUAGGGCUCCUGGUUUCCCCCCCCAUAGGGCUCCUGGUCCCCCCCCCCAUAGGGCUCCUGGUUUCCCCCCCAUAGGGCUCCUGGUUCCCCCCCCCCAUAGGGCUCCUGGUUCCCCCCCCCCCAUAGGGCUCCUGGUUCCCCCCCCCCUAUAGGGCUCCUGGUUUCCCCCCCCAUAGGGCUCCUGGUUUCCCCCCCCAUAGGGCUCCUGGUUUCCCCCCCCGCCCUCCUGGCAAAUGUAGUGCACUGUAUAGGGAGUAAGAUGGUGAUUUGGACAUACCCUAUAAUGACAACAAAAAGAAUAAGCCGGGGAAGGAUUCAGGGUUGUGGUGCUGAGAGCACCGAGGGUAGCUUAUUCUCUGAAAGCCAUGUACACCUGGGACUCAUUCAGUGGAGUGAAACAUUAAAAAAAACUAUGUAGAAUAUACACAGAUUUCAAGUCCAGGAGUGAAACGUGCACGUCUGUUCAAUCUGCAAUUUGUUCUGAAAUGUAUUAUCAUCCUGCUGAAUAAGCACCUGAUGCUUUGUUGAUUUUUAAUUUGACAUUUUUAACGUGUAUAGUUUGAUCUGGUGUUUGAUUUUGUCUAUUCCCCCUUUAUAUCGUUGUAUAAAAUCUUUGCCAUGCCAAGCGACCUGUAGGAUAUAGGAUUCAGCCCAAAAUGGCAACCUAUUCCCUAAGGUACCGUUUGGGCAAAGACGAUAUUCUUGGGGGACCUUUUUUUUUUAAAAUAUUUUUUAAACUGAAGGCCUCUAUGAACGACAGGUGGAAUGUGUUGUCACUCAGAAUAGAAACCAUGGCGACCACUGAACUUUUAUGCUUUUGCCAGUUAAUUAAUUUGCAUACAUGUUUGGUAGCUAAAUUUGAGUGUCUUUAGUUUGUUUUGGGGGGGGGGGGGGGGUUUAAUAAGUUCAGGGAAAGAGUAGCUAUCUCUCAAAUGGAACCCUAUUCCCUAUAUAGGCCUAGUGCACUACUUUUGACCAGGGUAGUACUGCACUAUAUAGGGAAUAGGGUGUCAUUUGAACCCUAUUCCCUAUAUAGGCCUAAUGCACUACUUUUGACCAGGGUAGUACUGCACUAUAUAGGGAAUAGGGUGUCAUUUGAACCCUAUUCCCUAUAUAGGCCUAAUGCACUACUUUUGACCAGGGUAGUACUGCACUAUAUAGGGAAUAGGGUGCCAUUUGAACCCUAUUCCCUAUAUAGGCCUUGUGCACUACUUUUGACCAGUAGUACUGCACUAUAUAGGGAAUAGGGUGCCAUUUGAACCCUAUUCCCUAUAUAGGCCUUGUGCACUACUUUUGACCAGUAGUACUGCACUAUAUAGGGUGGCAUUUGAGAUGCAGACAAUAUAAUCUUGAAAACUAGGUCAUUUUAUAGCGGAACCAUGGCAUGCUUUUAAGUUUUUAAAAGAUGUACAAAAGAUAACAGCCACAUCACUGUACUUUUCCAUCUGAAUAGGUUAUAAGACGAGUAGAGCUGCAGGGCCUUUUGGGAAAUGAUGUCUCUUCUUCUUUUGAGACCCAUUGAAUCUACACCAACCAUCCAAGAUCCAUCCAGAUUUCUUUUGGAGAUCAUUCUGGGGUUUGGGCUAGGUGAGGAUUUGGGGUUGGUUUAAAAUGUUGUUAUUUUUAUUUAUUUUUUAAAAUCUCUGGUGCAAUUUUCACAUGUGUUAUAUUUCCACAACUCUUAAUACGAAAUUCAAAACAGAUCAUCAAAAACUGUUUCAAAACUAAAGCACAUUUUCAAUUGACUAAGUACAACAAUCACUUUAUUUUUUACACCAAAUGUAAUCAGUGUUUCAUCACAUUGGAACGUUUGAUUAAACCUACGGAACGUUUGAUUAAACCUACGGAACGUUUGAUUAAACCUACGGAACGUUUGAUUAAACCUACGGAACGUUUGAUUAAACCUACGGAACGUUUGAUUAAACCAAUGGAACGUUUGAUUAAACCUACGGAACGUUUGAUUAAACCUACGGAGCGUUUGAUUAAACCUACGGAGCGUUUGAUUAAACCAAUGGAACGUUUGAUUAAAUCUACGGAACGUUUGGUAAAUGGAUCGAUUUUACAUUUUGUCUACUACAGAUUUUGAGAACUAAAUAAUGACAAUGGAUGUCUGUAGAAACGUAAGUAACUAUGUAUUAUUAUUAUGAUUUUACUUCACAGUAAGUAAAACAAAUCUGAUAUUGACAAAGUCAGACGUACUAUAUGUUACAAAUUAAAAAGUUUAUUGGUCGCGUACACAGAUUAGCGGAUGUACAGCAGGCGCAGCGAAAUGCUUGUGUUUCUAGCUCCUGCAUUGCAGUAAUACAAUGCCAAUACGCAAAUAAUCCAGAAAGUCCUUAACAAUAAAUAAAUGCUUCACUAAAAUAGCAUUGGGUAGUACGGUCCAUUUACAUAGCAGACACUUUUAUCCAAAGCGACAACAGUCCACUUUUUGGUACGUGAUCCCAGUAGGAAUGGAACCCACACCUCUGGUGUUGCUAGUGCCAUGCUCUUAUGAACUAUAGUGACGGCAGCGUAGCCUUAGCGUUGGACUAGUAACCGGAAGGUUGCAAGUUCAAACCCCCGAGCUGACAAGGUACAAAUCUUUCGUUCUGCCCCUGAACAGGCAGUUAUCCUACUGUUCCCAGGCCGUCAAUGAAAAUAAGAAUUUGUUCUUAACUGACUUGCCUAGUUAAAUAAAGGUUAAAAAAAAAACUGAGACAAGUACAGAGCCACUACAAUACAUUAAGUACAAUACAGGUGGAAGAUCUAUGAUUGCCACCCCCACGAGCGAACCACCACCCUCUAGGCCAUGGAUGACUCAUGCAAUGACGUCAAUCCAGACCUAUAUCAGGCCUGGUGCAUGAACAAUUAGGAUAUUUACUGUGAUUUCGAUGAGAACCUACGGACAAAUGUUCCAGAAAGGUUUGAUGCAAUCUAACGCCUUAAACAUUUCUUUCAUUUGAUUACCUUAUGAAAGAUGUCUUCAAUGAUCAGACAUGGGAUAGAAGUUAUUGACAUUUCAAGUCCAGUUCAUUUUAAUGGGUAGUUUAAUGGGUAGUGCAAGUGUAUUGCCGAAUGUGAAACGGUGUCAUGCACUGUAAUUUACACUACUGGAGCAUACCACAUUCAAAGAGCAAAUUGAAACGUAUCUUAAAAGUGUUUUUGUGCUUUUGGAUUAAAUGGUUAAAAUAACUAAAUUAAGGAGAUGUCAUUAGGUUGUGUUUUGGUGAUUUAAACCAAUGUUCUUAUUUCACAGGAAACUUAUAUUUUGAAUUAAUGGUUGUGUAGUGAACGAUGUCUACAAACCAAAUAAAUUAAUAUUGAAAGGA